UGCAAAAGUAUUGCGUGCCAUUAUUUUGGUACUGUAGCCAAGCAGACCACUGAAUGGCUCGAGACAGCAUCUCAUUCUUUAUUUGUAUGUUCCCAGCAGAAAGAGCUCACGUCAAAGAAAAGAGAUGAGUUUGAAGAUAUCUUGGAGGAAAGAAGAUUGUCCAGUGACUUGAGAUAUGCGAUGAAAUGUUAUACUCCUGUGAUCUACAAGGGACUUUCACCUUGCAAGCCAAACGAUAUUAAAAGUGCUGUUCUCCAGUCAGAGCAAGUUCAGUAUGUUAUCAAGCAGUUAGCAAAAGAGGUGGGAGAGUCACCUGAUAUUAUUCAAGAAGAAGCCACGGAAAUCCUGGAUGAGAUGGGCCACAGUAUGCAAUUAGGAGCUGUCAGAUUUUUUGCUUUUACUCUGAGUAAAAUAUUUAAACGGCUUUUCCAGAGAGUUUGUGUGAAUGAAGAAGGAAUGCAGAGAUUGCAACAUGCCAUUCAGGAGCAUCCAGUUGUACUGCUGCCCAGUCACCGAAGCUAUGUAGACUUUUUGAUGCUGUCUUAUUUGCUAUAUACAUAUGACUUGGCUUUGCCUGUCAUUGCUGCAGGAAUAGAUUUCCUAGGAAUGAAAAUAGUUGGUGAGCUGCUACGAAGGGCAGGUGCCUUUUUUAUGCGACGUUCCUUCGGUGGGAACAGACUCUACUGGGCAGUGUUUGCUGAAUAUGUAAAAACAAUGUUAAGGAGUGGCUAUGCCCCAAUUGAAUUUUUUCUUGAAGGGACUAGAAGCCGCACUGCCAAGACUCUGACUCCAAAGUUUGGUCUUCUCAGCAUUGUGAUGGAACCAUUUUUUAAACGUGAAGUCUUUGACACAUACCUUGUUCCCAUCAGCAUCAGCUACGAGAGGAUAUUAGAAGAAUCUCUCUAUGCAUAUGAACUCCUAGGAGUCCCAAAGCCCAAAGAAUCUACAUCUGGGUUGUUAAAAGCCAGAAGAAUCCUCAGUGACAAUUUUGGUACCAUACACAUCUACGUUGGCCAGCCGGUAUCACUUAGAACCUUGGCAUCUGGGAGAAUCAGUCGGUGCCCAUACAAUUUGGUUCCCAGGCACCUUCCCCAAAAGCCAUCUGAGGAUAUCCAAGAAUUUGUCAGUGACGUAGCUUAUAAAAUGGAGCUCCUGCAAAUAGAAAACAUGGUUUUGAGCCCAUGGGUGCUAGUUGCUGCUGUCCUGCUCCAGAAUUUGCCAGCCAUGGAUUUUGAACUUCUGUUAGAAAAGACCCUGUGGCUUAAAGGCUUAACACAGAUUUUUGGAGGAUUCAUUGAAUGGCCUGAUAACCUGUGUGCCAAAAAGGCAGUUCUGUCUGGCCUCACCCUGCAUUCCAACAUCGCUCACCUUGUUGAUGGCCAGGUGGUCCUAAAUGACAGAGUGGAAGAUGGAGCCAUAGGGGAAAUUGUCUUUAAGCGCGCUCUGGCCAUCCUCAUGUGUGCCACCUACAGAAACCAGCUGCUGAAUGUGUUUGUGCGUCCAUCUCUGGUGGCAGUUGCCUUGCAGAUGACACACAGCUUCAGAAAAGAGGAAGUCUAUAGCUGCUUCAGCUUCUUGAGAGAUGUGUUUUCUGAUGAGUUCAUCUUCUUUCCUGGCAUUUCAUUGAAGGAUUUUGAGGAAGGAUGUUUUCUACUCACAAAAUGCGAUGCCAUUCAAACAAGUCAACAGGAAAUCUACCCUACCGACAAAGGAAGUGUUAUAGUGUCUUUCUUGUCAGCUGUGUUCAGACCUUUUGUGGAAGGUUAUCAGUUAAUUUUCAGAUACCUCUCAAAGGAAACAAGAGAAGCCUUUACUGAGAAGCAGUUUAUACCUGGAGUCCGCAACUUUGUUUUUCAACUUCUUGAGAAGGGAAAUACGCAGUGUUAUGAAGCGCUGUCUUCUGACAUGCAGAAAAAUGCCUUAGCAGCUCUUGUGCAACUAGGUGCAGUGAAGAAGAAGAAAAUGUCCAAUGGAUUCACUUACAACGUAAAUCAAGAGGCUGUUAAUAAAAUCCUGGACAUGUUUGACGCUAGGGUACCUGUACAGAAACCUGUGGCUGCACGACUCUAA